ACGCAAACCAGCUGUUUGAAAUAAAGUCCUGAAAUAAUUCCAAUAUAUCUUGAUCACAGUUGUGGAAAAAAUUUUUCUCAUUCCAACGGAAAGUUGAAGAAACAUGCAAUUUAAACCUUUCUUAUCCCUAUAUGUCCCAUGUAUAUCACUUGUAGUCGUAAAUGCCUUAUCAAAUGAUACAAGUGCAAAUAUUUGCUACAAUUCUAGUCUUGAAGGAUUCAGACUGAAUGUAACAGUUGUUAAAACAAAUGUCGUUUCUGAAUGGAUAGAUUGCGUAAUGGAGUGUGCAACUGAGAUAUGUUGUAGAUCUAUCAACUUCAAGAGGAUAUUAACUUCAAAAAAUGAUUCAAAUUGUGAAAUGUUACACAACGUGGUUUACAAUACAUCUGAGAGAUUACUGGAGAAGAAUUCUUCCUAUGAUUAUGUUUAUCUUGUUAAACCACAAAAGGGUUACAAGAAAACCUGUUUGAAAAACACGUCGGAUGAAAAUGAAAGAGGUCUCCACUGCGCUGAUUUGUAUGAAAACGGAAAUAACCAAAGUGGAAUUCAUGAAAUUAAUCCUGAUGGAAACGGAAGUUUCAAAGUGUUUUGUGAUAUGAAAACAUCAGGUGGAGGAUGGACUGUAUUUCAACGUCGUCUUGAUGGAAGUGUUGACUUCUACCGAGGAUGGCAAGAUUACAAACACGGUUUUGGUAACUUGAGCGGAGAAUAUUGGCUUGGUCUUGACAAAAUAUACAUGAUGACAAAUACUUCACAAAAUGAACUUCGUAUCGACAUGGAAGAUUUCUCUGGAGAUACCAGAUACGCUCAUUAUGAUUCAUUUAAAGUCAGCAGCAAAAAUAAGAAGUACAAGUUAAAUGUUGGAGGUUAUAAAGGUACAGCGGGAAACUCGUUGAGCAAACAUGACGGAAUGGCUUUCACCACCAAUGAUUCUGACAAUGAUAUUUGGGAUGGUGGUAACUGUGCGGUGAAAUUCAAAGGUGCCUGGUGGUAUUAUGAUGGUCAUGAAUCCAAUUUAAAUGGCUUGUAUCCUAAUGGCACAUACAAAUCGGACGCUAAGGGAGUCAUCUGGGACACUUGGAAAGGAUUUCAUUAUUCUCUGAAAUCAACAUCGAUGAAGAUACGACCACGUGAAUUUGGAAAGAAAAAAUAGAGUUGUUGAACAAUAAAGAACUAAAAAGAAAUAAGGUUUACUUGAUAAAAAGUGUA